AUGCAGGUGAAGCAAUCGCCCGCGGGUGCAAGCGGCCUGCAACUUCUGGCCGAGCUCAUCCCUGAGACUACCGUGCUCGAGGAUGCACUGACAUCCCUAUAUCCAUGUACUAGAUGUGGCUUGGAGUUCUACCACUUCUUCACCGCCGAAGCGAUCCUCAGCAUGAACUACGCCAACGGCUGGUCGCUGCCGCUGAAGCCGCGCCAUCGGAGGUGCGCGCACAUCUUCCUGCAAGUGUGCGGCUUGACCUGCGCCGUGGCUGGUACUGCGCUUGUUCUUAUUUCGAGGGGUUACGUCAAAGGUCAGCCGCACGGAAUAACGGGGCUAAUAACGCUAGCUUUAGCAGGACUCAGUGUGAUCUUUGGGCCCUUCAAUUUCCUGUCAAGGCAGAAUCGUUUCAGUCCAUUCUUCAAAAUUGUUCACAUGGGCGUUGGCAUGCCCACCUUCUUCAUGUCCUCAAUCAGUCUGUGCCUUGGGUUCCUCACCAGCGAAUUCAAGAGCUGGGCUGCUUCUGUAGUUGUUUAUGUGUUAACAGCCUUCGUAGUGUUCUACACUGCGUUCAUCUUAGCUAAUGUGUUCAUCAAGUGUAUGUCACGUAUUUAG